AUGACUUCGAUUCUCAAAUUGCAAGUCAUUACAGGUGCGUAUAAUGAAGAACCUUUAGCUUAUCUUUUACAAACAGACGAUUUUCGAUUUUUACUUGAUUGUGGUUGGGAUGAAAACUUUUCACCAGAAAUUAUUGAAGAAUAUAAACGCCAUAUAGAAUCAAUUGAUGCUAUAUUAAUAACUUAUCCUGAUCUCUAUCAUCCUGGUGCAUUACUUUAUCUUGUUAGGCAUUGUGGAUUAAAAUGUCCAGUAUAUGCCACAGUACCUGUGUAUAAAAUGGGACAAAUGUUUAUGUAUGAUUUACAUCAAAGUCGUUCGAAUAGUGAAGAUUUUACAUUAUUUACACUUGAUCAUAUUAAUGCAGCAUUUGAUCUAUUUGUUCAACUUAAAUAUGAUUGGUGGAGCUAUAUGGAAAAUAUCGAAAGGAGAUGA